AAUGAAUGUCAAAUUUGUGUGGAUAAUGUCGCUUUAAACUAAUGAUAAUUUUAAUAGACGUUUGUGCAACUGGCUGUCAGUCAUAGACAGUAUAUCUCAAUAGUAUUAUCGAUUACACAGUUAAAGGGCUUUGUAGAUGGAACUUAUUAGCCCUAGAUGUAUAACCUUUGAUCUUUUUUCAUUUUGUGACGUUUUUACUUCGCAGCCCAAAGUCCAAGCGUCGUAAAGCGAACGCAAUAUCAUCGGACUCUGAAGCCGGGUCCUCUCGUAAGAAGGAACCAGAUGUUAAGGUUAGUGACUUUGAAGAUUCAGAAGAUGAGAGUUCCGAGCCGGCAAAAAGGAAUAAGCGGAAGAAGAAAGAAAAUGAUAGUGAUGCGUCAGCAGGAUCCUCAUCUGAUGAUGGCAGCAAAAAGAAACGGCGUCGUAUAAAAGCAGUGGAUGAUAGCGAUGCCUCUGGAUCAGAUACUGAAAAUGAAGGCAGGAAUAAGCAUGGGAGGAAGAAUAUUCGUAAGGUAAUGAGCAAAAACCAACUGGAAGAAGCCACCAAGAAAGCAGCUAGAGAAGAAAAAGAAAGGAUUGCCCGAAUUGCUGAACGGCAAAAAUUGUAUAACAAUUUGGAGUUUGAUGAAUCUGGUAAACCGGAUGAGGUGGUCCUAGAAAAGGUUGUGUUGGACUUUGACCCAGAAUCUAAAGAACCACUGAUUCAAGUGGACAGGGGCCUUGUCAAGAAACUAAAACCGCAUCAGGCCAACGGUAUAAAGUUCAUGUGGGACGCGUGCUUCGAAAGCGUUAAAAGAAUCAAGAAAGAUAGAGGAUCGGGCUGUAUUUUAGCUCAUUGUAUGGGUCUCGGAAAAACAUUACAGGUGGUGUCAUUAACUCAUACACUUCUUACACACAGUGACUUAACAACUGUGAACAGGGUUCUAGUUGUAUGCCCACUGUCAACUGUUCUCAACUGGGUGAACGAAUUCAAGAUGUGGCUUAAGCAUUCUGAGACUGAUUAUGAAGUAGAUGUCUAUGAGCUUUCUAGGUACAAGCAAAACUCUGAGCGUGCGUUCCAGCUGCAGCAGUGGUUGCAACACGGCGGCGUGUGCGUGCUCGGAUAUGAAAUGUUCCGCAACCUCUCUGCUGACAAUUCGAAGAAGUUCAAGAAGAAGAUGCUCAAGAACUUCCAAGAAGCGCUCGUUGACCCAGGUCCUGAUCUAGUGGUGUGCGAUGAAGGUCAUUUGCUGAAAAACGAAAAGACGAGCUUAUCACAAUCCAUGAACCGAGUGCGCACGCGCCGUCGCAUAGUACUUACUGGCACCCCUCUCCAGAAUAAUCUCAAAGAGUAUUACUGCAUGGUGCAGUUUGUGAAACCGAAUCUGUUGGGCAAGUACAACGAGUACCUGAACAGAUUCGUUAACCCCAUCACCAACGGACAGUAUACAGACUCUACAGAACAUGACAUACGGAUUAUGAAGCGGCGUUCACAUGUAUUACAUAAAAUGCUCGAUGGAGCCGUACAGAGAAGAGAUUACGGAGUGCUGGCACCAUUCUUGCCACCAAAACAUGAAUAUGUAUUAUUCAUUACGCUAACAGAAGUGCAGAUUAAAUUGUAUCAAUUCUACUUGGAUAAUUAUUCGCGGCGGCCUUUGCCGGGCAAGUCGUCUGGUUUCCUGUUCCCCGAUUUCCAAUCACUGCAAAGGAUAUGGACACAUCCGCUUGUACUCAAGUAUAACUCUGAGAGAUACGAGAUAAUGCAGCAGAAAAAGAGGGAGCGAGAAGAAGAAGAGGAUUCUGAAGGAUCAUUGAUAGACUUUAUCGACGAUGAUUCUACACCAGAGGAAUCAACAACGGAUGAAUCAUCAGAAGAUUUAUCUGACGCGAGUGACGAUAGCCGUAAGAAAAGUAAAAAGAAGAAAUCUCAAAAGAAAAAAGGAAAGGAAUCUAAAAUGACAACACGUAGAGGGACCAGAGCUAAUCCAGUUGAACUGGAUGAUGACGAAGCUAACAACGAAGUAGUGGAAAUAAAAGCCGAGAAUCCGACAGAGUGGUGGAUCAAGUUAGUGACCGACGACGAACUGGAGGAUAUGCGAAACUCGCACAAAUUAGUAUUGCUGUUCGACAUCCUUAGACAGUGUGAGGCAAUCGGGGAUAAGCUAUUGGUGUUCUCACAAUCAUUAUAUUCGCUGGAUCUCAUAGAACACUUCUUAGGGAAAGUAGAUGAGGCUACACAAGAGGGUAGAAUUGAUGAAAAAUUGGCAGGUCACGUGGGGUCAUGGUCGCCUGGCAUAGAUUAUUUUCGGUUAGACGGCUCGACGUCCUGCGAGAACAGAUCCAUUUGGUGUAAGAACUUCAACAGAGAGGAUAAUCCUAGAGCGAGGUUGUUUUUAAUAUCAACGCGAGCAGGCGGUUUGGGUAUCAAUUUGGUUGCUGCCAACAGAGUAGUUAUAUUCGAUGUGUCGUGGAACCCUUCUCAUGACGUACAGAGUAUAUUCAGAGUCUACCGUUUCGGACAGAAGAAGCCAUGUUACAUAUACAGAUUUUUGGCUAUGGGUACAAUGGAAGAGAAAAUCUACGAGCGACAAGUGACAAAGCAAGCGAUCUCUAAGCGAGUGAUAGACGAGCAACAGAUCGAUCGUCACUACGCCGAGAACGAUCUCGCAGAGUUGUACAAGUUUGAGGCGCGUCCACCAGUACCGCGUCCGUUGCCGCCGCUGCCUAAAGAUAGACUAUUCGCUGAGAUGCUCAAAGAGCACGAAGCACAGAUUUACAAGUAUCACGAGCACGAUUCCCUAUUGGAGAACAAGGAGGAGGAGACUUUGAGUGAAGAGGAACGUAAGGCGGCGUGGGAAGACUUCGAGAACGAGAAGAACCGCCCUCCGCCCGCACCGUUCCCCACCGCGUGGCCCAUGCACAACGGAAUGGUUCCCGGUCUACUAGCUCAACAACAGCAACAGUUAGCGUAUGCAGCGUUGGCCGCCAUGUUGCGUAAAGACAUGCCUAAUAUCAACGAUAACACCAUACGAGACAUGCUCCCACAUAUAUACAAUUCCAAUCCAGCGUUGAUGCAGAAAAUAUCAGACAUAUACAAGUUCGCACCUCCCGGUGGUAUGAUGAAUCCUGCUUUGAUGAACCCCGUUAUGAAUGCUGGUGAGUCUAUUUUGCUUUGACCAUGUGAUAUUACAGAUGUAUGUGUCAAAAGACUAUAUCUUAUGUCUUUAUUUAUGUCCGAGUUUUACUGAACUUAUAAAAUCUAAGUUCUAUGUUAGUUUGAAGAAUUAACAUUACACCUGGCGCUAGCUCAGUAGCGAUAGCAUAAUUGUUAGUGUAUGCCCUUUUGACUUACGAGUUAUUAUAGUUAUAAGUUGUUAUUUUUAUCGAAUUUAUAUUUUUUAUUAAGUAUUUCUUAAUUUCUUAAGAUUAAAUUUAUCAUUAAGAUACGAACUAUUGUCUUGUCUUAGGUUUUUUUUUAUAAAUUAUUAACUAUUUAUUUUGUCUAUGCCAUAUUAUUAUUCAGCACAGUAACAGUAACGCCACUAAUAUACAUCUUUAACAUUUUAGAAGCUAUAUUUUUUUAAAUAAUAAAUUCACAUUUGUAAAAAUUCGAAAAGCUUCCGUAAAUACAUAACUUGAUAAAUUAGGGAUUUGAGUCAUGGAUUAAUAUGUUUAAUGAAAAAUAUAUUCCUAUAAACCUCUAUAUUUACAUAUAAAUUCUUUCUUUUCCAAAAUUUGAUGCAAUAGAUUAAAAAACUAAAAGUUAUUAAAUUGUUAAUUCUCGAAUAUUUCAAUAAUUCAUCUCUUGCAUUUUUCGCUAUCUAUAUUUUCUAUUUUUAAAUGACGUCAUGCGGAUGUUAUUUAGACAAGGUUCCAACGCAUUAGUAGUUUACGGUUUACUUAUAAAAACGGGCAUAAAAUAUAUGUGUAUAUUUGAAUACAGGCGGCGGUGGUGGCGGCGCGCUAGGUGGCGCUAGCGGUCUGCAGUACGAGCCGCCCUGGCAGCGGCAGCAUCAGCAGCAGCAGCAGAUGCGGCUGCAGCAGCUCAUGCAGCAUCAGCAGAACGUUAGUAUACUAGACUUGUACAACUUUACUAUAGCAAAUAUCGUGUUCGUGAGCGUAAACUUACGAAUGUUUUAUCACAUUCAACCAUAUUUUAAAGUGUUUUGUGUGAUUGUUAAGACUAAAAUUGACUUUAAAAUUGAAAUGGUAUCUAGGUUUUACCAUUGUCCAUUAUGUUAUUACCUUACUUUAAGACUUAAGAUAAGAUUAAGAGGGUAAUGAUGGAAAAUAAAUACACAACGCAAAUUACUAAAUAAGUUAUCAUUGGAUAUAUUAUAUUAGGAAAUAUUAAAGUAAAUCAAUUAUGUAACAUGUAGGCCUACAUGUUUUUUUUAUAAUUUUAAUUAAUACUAUCAAAGUAAUCAAUAGUAGAGCUCAAAGAAAACUAAUUAAUGAUGGCGCAUUUAUUUUUGGUAUUAUUUUUUAUUCAGUCCAUACCUUUAUCAUAAAAAAACUUUGAAGCAUAAUUAAUAGCUAAAAAUAACGAAAUAAACUUUCUUUGUCUACAUAUUGGACUGAAACUUGAGUCUUAAGUAAUUAGGGCGACCAUAUGACAAUGCAUAUCUUGCGCCACUUGAACUCACCCAAUCCUUCACUAUUAAGGUUUUGUGUUAAUUCUUUAAGUUGUAAUAAAAUGAAAUGAUAGCCCCGAGUACCACCAAACCAACCAGUUUAAACAAAUCUCUUUUUCUAUGAAGCCAAUACCCGACGUCCAAAAAUGUGUUGUAUAAAUACAUCAAAUUCUAGAUCAAAUUACAGAGUCGUUCGGAAAUCAAAAGGUGUUUUAAAACAUGAUACGUUACAUGCCUCUAAAACUUGAUAUUAACACAGAGAAAAAUGUUUUAUGCUUUAUACCGUAUAGUAAAAUACAAUAUGGUAUAAAGUAUCAUAUUAUAUUUUUAGUGGUUUUCUAAAAUUUUCAAUUGAACUUUUUUAAAGAUUCUCGAGUAAAAAUUAUCAUAUACUAAGAGAUCUAAUUUCAUAAGACAACAUUCUUUCAAAAUGGUCUGUAGUCCAUUCAGUUGAUCUCGUUCAUAUUACACUAGCUUUCCGCUAGCGGCUUCGCC